AUGAAUUGGAAAUUGACAGUUGGACUUGUUUGUAUAUUCGGAGUUCUUAAAAAAUUUCGUCCAGGAACGCCUUUUCUUACUCCUUAUCUUAAAUCACCUCAAUUUAAAAAUUUUACAAAUGAACAAAUUUAUGGGCAAAUUUAUACUCAUUGGGCUUAUUCUAAUUUAAUUUCUAUGGUUAGUUUAAAUAAUUUUUUUCUCAAAAAAUAUUUAAGAUUCCAAUCUCCUUGUGCAUUGACUGGCUUAGAUUUACUCCAAUUAUAAUACUUGAAGCGCUUUUAUUAUCUGUUACGUGG